AUGGGUGAGGAUUUUGAGAGAACGACGAGAGUGGUGUCGGUGGUGAGAGUGAAACGGAAGCGAGGCUCGCAAAAGGCGGCGGAGGUUUUGUUUUUGCAAGGAAAAGACGAGGAAGAAGAAGAUGAACGAAAAGGAAACGAUACAAAAGGGACGGACAACACGAAUGGGAUGAAACGAAGCAUCAAGAAGAACAGGUAUACGAAUACCAGCAACAACAGAAGCGCGAUCAAAAACAUAAAAAACGACGACUUUGUCAAAGGCAGAUACGACCGGGAGCUGGCGGCGCAGUUAGACGCAGUUUUAGGCGGUGGGAGUCAAGCGCUGCCUUUUCGUCGAAAUUCUCAUCAGACGACAAAAGAAGGUGAAGGUGAAGGAGACUUUGACGAGGACGAGGACGAGAAGAAAACGAAGAAGAAGAAAAGCAAUAGAAUGCUGAAAAAGUUCGUAAGAUUAACGAGAGAAGCGGGGAUGGAACAAAACGACGCGAGAGAUGCGCAGACGGUGAAGACGUUGUUAGAGAGCAGAAGAAAAGGAGAGGAUGGUGGCGGCGGUAAAACCACCAAGACCGCGUCGACGAGGACGAGGAAGACGACAAAACGGACGUACGAGGAAGUUAAGGUUAUGAGCGAAGAAGAGAGCAUGAAAAGUGUGACGACGACAAGGAGAGAUCAUAAUAUCACCGACGAGGAACAAAGGAAGAAGAGAAAUGUUCUGUCGUCGUCGACGACGACGACCGAUUCUACGAAAGAGGUGUUUUAUUGCUACGACAUUUUGUGCCUGGACGAGGAAGAGGAAAAGAUAGAAGAAGAAGAAGAAAAGGAAAAAGAAGGGAAAGAAGAGGGAAAUAGAAAUGAUGAAGAGAUAGAGUUAGAAGAUCAGAUUUUGAUGAACUACAUGCCGAUGGUAAAAGAGUACACGGAGAAAAAGAAGAAAGAAGAAGAGGACGCGGAUGGGAAUUGGGUGUACGACUUGUACGUGCUCGAGCAAGACGACGUCGUUCCAAAGAGGGAAGGAGGUACCGUUGAAACGGACGAUAUCAUUUGCGAAGAACCAAUCGUCAGAGUGUCUGAUUUCUUAGAUAACGCAAACGUAGAGCAUAACUUACACGAGAACGAAUAUUUCUCGGAGGACGAUAGCGAAGAUAGCAACGCGGAAAAUUAUUACCGAGGGGAUUACCCGGAGGAAGAUACUGACGAUGACGACGGAUUUUUCGACGACGGCGGCGACGACAGCGACAGGGACGAGUGGGACGUCGAUGACGAGUACGAUUCCGACGAAGGAGACGAUGGAUAUGGGAGACACCGAAGCGACCACGGCAGCGGGUGGGGAGUUUAA